AUGGCGGAAUAUGCAGCUGUUUCAGUUGCUGUGAAAAUGCUCACUAGUUGGUUGGUUGAAGAAGCAGUUCUGCUGAAAGGUGUGCGUGAGAAGGUUCAGCAUCUUAGAGACACACUGAGUUGGAUGCAAGGCUUCCUCCAGGAUGCUGAUGCUGUGCGAAAUAGAUCAGAAAGGUUUAAGGCUUGGAUGUCACAGAUAAGAGAAGUAGCAUCUGAUGCUGAAGUGUUGAUAGAGACUUACAUCAGCGAGGCAGCAGCACAAGGUUCAUGUAGAAAAGUCCUGAAGCCAAUUCAUCUUCGCAAAAUCCGAAGAAAGAUUGAAAAGAUUCAGGCCAGGAUGGACAACAUCUCCAAACAAAAGGAAAGUUUCGGGAUAACUAGCAUCAACAAUCAAGGAGGUGAAGCAGUGAACUUAACAAAUGAAAGGUUGCGAUGGUGGAGACAACCGUCACCGAACAUGCAGGAAGAUGAGUUGGUUGACCUUGUCGAGGACACCAUGGCACUGAUAUCACAACUGUGUACUAUGGAAAGAAGCCGAUCUGUAAUUUCUAUUGUGGGCAUGGGAGGUUUGGGCAAGACCACUCUUGCAAAGAAAUUGUACAAUCACCAUGAUCUUGCGAACCAGUUUCAUUGUAGAUCCUUUGUCUAUGUUACCCAAGAGUUCAAUAGGAAAGAGAUCCUUCAGAGAAAUCAUUAAAGAUGUUGGUUGUCCUCACGAUCGAGAUGCCCUGGAACCUAGAAGAGGAGACUGGUAGAAAUGCUGCACAAAUUCCUGAAAGAAAAGAGGUAUCUGGUGGUUCUUGAUGAUAUAUGGAAGGAGGGUUGGAUGGUCUUAAAGCUAUUUCCUGGUCGGGAGAUGGGAAGUAAGGUGAGGCUCACCACUCGCCUUAAGGAUGUUGCUGUAUAUGCAGAUCCAAGAAGCAGUCCGCACCAGCCGCGGAAGUUAACAGAAAAUGAGAGCUUAGAACUGUUCCUCAAUAAAGCACUCCCAGGACUGGAUGAUAUCCCCUCUAACUUGCAGAAACUUGGAAGAGAGAUGGUGGCUAAAUGCGGUGGUCUGCCUUUGGCAGUAGUUGUGCUUGGAGGAUUACUGUCCACGAAAUCGAGAACCACAGUGGAAUGGGAGCGCGUGCUUCAAAACAUCCUUUGGCAUCUGAUCACUGCUCAAGAUCAAAUCUCUGCAAUCUUAGCCCUAAGCUACAUCGACUUGCCUGUCCAUUUAAAAUCAUGUUUUCUCCAUUUGGGUAUAUUUCUCGAAGAUUCCCUCAUAGAGAAAAAGUAUCUGAUUCGAUUGUGGGUUGCAGAAGGAUUCCUACCACAACAAGGAGAAGAAAUCGAAGAAGGGGUGGCUGAAAAUUGCUUUAAUCAGUUACUAGAUAGGUGCAUGAUCCAGGUGGGAACGCUAACAUAUCUUGGCAGCGUUAAAACCAUUCGCAUCCAUGAUGUUCUGAGAGGGUUCUCUCUCACAAAGGGGAGGGAGGAAAAUUUUCUUGAAGUAUAUACGGGGAAAGAACAUGUGUUAGCAGCAUCUCACCACUUGACCAAAUCUCCAAGGCUUGCCAUCCACGCUACACUUGAUGAGUACGCAUUUCUAAACUCAUAUACCCAUUUACGCUCCCUCCAUAUUCCCGUCGAGGUUGAUGAAAACAUAGACUUUACUUGCAAGAAUUUCAAACUACUAAGAAUCUUAGAAUUAUAUUGCAAGAGUCGUGGGAAGCGUGAUCGCACGGAUCAUAGUGUAGUUUUUGGACACUCAUUAAUUCAGUUGAGGUUUCUGGGAGUUAGACAUGUAACUUAUCGUACAAGUUUGUCAUCCUUGAAGAACCUACAAACACUUGAUAUGAGAUUUUAG